AUGGCGGGAGCAACCGCUGCAACUUACUCGGCAGAUGCUCUGACGUCUCCUGGCAGCGUGGAUGUCAAUCAGCAGCAGUGGGAAUAUGCCGUUCCGCUCGUGCAGGAUGACGCCUAUACUCGCUCCCGUUCUUCCCAUGAUCGCGCCUCCAACUUGUCACAGAGCUCCUCACGGUCGAGACCAGUCCCCGCCGCUGACCAUCAUUCCUCGUAUCGGAAAGGGGAGAGGCCCUCGCGAGAGCGUAAUGGCCACGGGUACCGCCCGGAGGACGACCCGGACAAUACCAACUGGAUCCACCGCGAUAAACUGGCGCGGAUCGAGAGCGAGGAACUGCAGCAGAUCUUAUACCACCGACGGAUGCGACCAGAGAGCAAGGCGUCCAGCACGCACCGGGGCCGGAGCCAUGAGCCUCCGCCGUCCAAUGGUGGGAUGAAUGGCUCGUACGCCAGUAGCCCGUCGAGUGAGCAACAUACGGAGCCGUGGCCGAGUCUGCGUGACGAUCAGCCGUCGCAAUUCAUCCAUGCGGGGAUGCUCGAUCGCGACGAUGAGGACGGUUUGCAUCUGAUGGACGAUGACCGGCGAAACUGGGAUCUACGACGGCCGGAGGAGAUCGCAGCAGAGGAUGACCGCGGAUUGGCGGGCAUGUAUCGAAACCCCGGUCUGCGCAAGAGCUCCUCCCGCAUCCCCAUCGCCACCACUAGUCCUGUUCCCAUCGCAUCCGAUUACGUUGGCCGUGAGUCUCCUUUCCAAUACACACAACAAGCACUUACCGAUGGAGAUGAAGAAGAAAACGAACACUCCGGCACAGGUAAGCCGCGCCGCGCCAGCGAGCCAACCACGAUCGAUACCCUCGAAAACGCCGUCAUGUCCACCUCCACUCCGGGCAGCAGGCCGGGCAGCCGGGGCCUGUUGGGGGCGCCAACGAAAAGAAGUGUUUCCAGCAACAAUAAUCACAACAAAACCCCGUCGGCUUCCCUCAAGGGGAGACCGACGGCGGGAGCGGCUGGUGUUUCUUCUUCUACUUCUUCUUCAACUGCGCGAAAGACUCUCCCGAAACCCCGGGCAGCGUCGACUAAUAGUACGGCGGGUACGACCCAGCGGCCGACCACCCGGGGCGAGAACCGGGCGAUCAACCGACCCGAAGGCGAUCCCCCGUGGCUGGCGACAAUGUACAAGCCCGAUCCGCGGCUGCCCCCGGACCAGCAGAUGGUGCCUACCCAUGCGCGCAAGCUGCAGCAGGAGCAGUGGGAGAAAGAGGGCAAGACACCGACAACAUAUGACCGCGACUUUGCGCCUCUGGCCGUCCACCGCAGCACCGAUCAACAACCUCCUGCCCCGGCUGCCACAGAGGGAGAAGGGGGGAACGAACAAGACGCUGCCCAGGCGCCAGUCGUUCCUGAGAUCCCCUCACCACUCCUGACGGAGAAACCACCCGUCGAGGUGGAUAUGAUCUCGAAAAGUCCCAAGAGCCCCGAGCCGGGCACACGACCAACCACCGCCACAGGGUAUAGUCCCAUGCCCAAGGUACAUAGCACGCCGCCGAUGGGGUUGACGCAGACGCCCAAGUGGAAUCCACCGGUAGUGACUGCACAGGAGCCUCCAAAGGAGAAGAGUGGUUGCGGCUGUUGCACCGUGAUGUGA